AUAUGCUUCAUAGAUUCGUUCUUUCUGUAGACUGAGUUAAGUUGUACACACGUUUCUCUGUUUCAAUUAGAUGUCACAAACGUGCAUACACACCACGUGAUAAAAUUUGUAUAAUACACUUUGUGAUAUAUAUAUGUAUAUGUUAUAACAUGGCUUCAGGUAACAGUUUAGCAGGUAAAGUGGCCAUAGUAACAGGGGCAUCCAGUGGAAUAGGAAAGGCCACAGGGAUAGCUCUAGCUAAAGCAGGGGUUAAAGUGGCUUUAGCCGCCAGAAGAAAAGACAAAUUACAAGAAGUAGCGAAGCAAAUAUCUGAAAACGGAGGAGUAUCUAUUUGUGUAGAAACGGAUGUUACGAAAAGGGACCAGAUUAAGGUGUUAGUUCAUGAAACAAUAACAAAGCUAGGUCAAGUAGAUAUUUUGGUAAAUAAUGCUGGGUUGUGGUACUAUAGUCUCAUGCAGAACCAAAUGGAAGAUCUUUGGGAAGAACAGAUUGAUGUAAAUAUUAAAGGUUUAACUAAUUGUGCUGCGGCUGUCCUUGAUGGAAUGAUCAAACAAGGCUCCGGUCAUAUAGUCAACAUGUCCUCUGAUUCUGGUAAAAAGGAUACCCGGGGCUAGCAGUAUACACAGGGACUAAGUUUUAUGUGGAAGGAUUUUCCCAGACAUUACGACAAGAAGUGUGUAAAUUUGGAAUAAGAGUCACGUGUAUCCAACCGGGAGAUGUUACAGUCGAAGACCGAGAAAAGACGCAUCCUGAUCCACUGUCGAAAGACUUAGAUACCUCAUACCAAGCCGGUAAACUCUUGGAUCCAACAGAUAUAGCCAAUGCUGUAUUGUAUGCUGUUACCCAACCAGAAAAUGUUGCAAUAAAUGAAGUUCUUGUGCAAAACAGAGAAUUCCCUCUGUAGGCGUUAUAUAUUUAUAAAAUUUUGAAAUGUU